AUGAGCAAAUUAAAUCUGAAGCACAAUCUAAUUAUUCUUUUGAUUCUACUGGCAUAUCCACACAGCUAUUUAUGCUAGAAGCAAGCCUGGGAACUAAGAGGAACUGAAUAUGAGUCGUAAACAGCAGCUGCAAAAUACAAUCAACUCUGGAAUUUGAUUAAGGCUAAUUAACAGUCUCAUGCUUGGCUAGGAGCAGCUGCACUUCCAGGCUUUUUAGCAGAAAAAAUGGAUCCGACAUUGAAAUGGGUUGCAGACACAGUACCAUUUUCAGCAGAAGCUGGCAUGAGGUAAAAAUUCACUCAUACAGUUGGAGUUCAUGCAACCUGCGAAUUCGUACCAACAAUUCUUGGAAAUUAAUAUACUGGUAUAUUCUAAGGAGCUUAAUAUGGAAUAAUUAGAUUCUCUACAGGACCUCAGCCGGAUGAAACGAAAGUAAAUUGGUUUGAAGCAAUAGGAAACUUCGCUCCAGGAUUUGCAAUAAAGUUUUUGAGAGAUGGUGUACCUUCUGUGAAUUUAUUGACCUUGACAGCUGGCUUUUAGACAUCUUGGAACUUCUUCGGCAACAGUUUUAGUAAUCAUAUAUUGCCUCCUGCUCCCCCUAUUGGUCCUAAGUUUAGAGAGGCUACACAAUUUAUAUAGCAUUUGGGCUUAUCUCAUGCAGCAGCAUUCGAUGAAUCAGGAGUGCCAGCAUUUACUCCAAGGUUCCCAUUUUAGUUGCUAUACGAGGCCCCAUAGGAGUUGAAAAAUAUGUUCACAGCCGAUUUUGAAGCAGAAUUCACUGAGUAACUUAUGAGAAUAAAAUGCGGAUAAACAGUCUUUAGAGUUUUCGCUCUUGCUUCCCCAACUGCCGAUAAAUAAUACAUUGGAGAUAUUGUUCUUACAUCCGAUGUAAUUAGAAGUAACUGGGGUGAUUCAUUUUUAUUCUUUAAGCAUUAAGAUGGUGCAGAGGACCUAGCAUUAAGAUCUGAGUGGACAACAGCUCUUACAGUUACAGCAGCGACUCCAACUUGCCCAAUACACUCAAUCAGAUAGUUUGUCUCUUCGGCAUUUUAAUAGGCUGUAAACUUUGCAGGGCAACAAUGA